UUAAAGUUAUAAAAAUUCAUUGUAUUGUAUAUUAUAUUAAUAUUUUAAGUUCUUUCCCCUAUACUCAGCACCCCUUUUGAUGUUCAUAAAUUCAUACUCAUAUCUUCACUCUUUUCAUCACUGCAAUUAACAUUCAUUCACUGAGCUCUUUAAUUCGCUAGCUUCCUUCAUCUUCUCUGUUCCAAUAUGAGUACGUUUGAAGAAAUGGAGAAGAAACCCGUAAGACUUGGGCCAUGGGGAGGUGAUGAUGGCCUCGAUUGGGACGAUGGUGUCUACUCAACGGUGAAGCAGGUGGUCGUAGCUCAUGGAACCACCAUUGACUCUAUUCAGAUUGAAUACGACAAUAACGGGAGCUCUGUUUGGUCAGAGAAGCAUGGUGGUCGUGGAGGCCCUAAAGUUGACAAUAUCAAACUUGACUACCCACAUGAAUAUUUGACCUCCAUUAACGGUUACUAUGCUAAGCUAAACGAAUGGGGUCCGCCCAUAGUUCGUUCACUGACACUGAAAAGCAACAAAAAAUUGUACGGCCCAUUCGGAGUAGAAAAAGGUUCAAGUUUUUCUAUCCCAACGAGUGGUGGAAAAAUUGUUGGUUUUCAUGGGAAAGCGGGUUGGUUUGUGGACUCCAUUGGGGUUCAUUUGAAGACUCUUCCUAAACAAAACGUCGUCGUCCACACCAGAACUACUCAGGUUCAUCACACUGCUCAAAACUACAUGGUUAAUGCCACUUCCGAAAACAUGAAUGGCUUUUCUGUUAUACAAGGUAGUGUAGGCCAAAGCUAUGAUAUAGUUGUUGCCGUGAGACAGAGAGAUGAUAACAGUAAUAAGAACAACAAUUAUAAUAAUAACAACAACAACUUUGGUUCUAAACCUUUGCCAAACAACAAGCUCACUAGGCAAUUGUCUUCUUCUGACUCUGAUUCUUCUCGAGAACUUAGUGACGUGGGAGGAGGCAAAGAACACAAAAAAGAGAAGAAGAAGGUGACUAUUACACCUGUUAAGGAGAAUACGACACCCUCAAAGUCAAAGAUUGAAGGUGUGGUAAGCUGUGGUCCUUGGGGUGGAACGGGUGGGUCUUCCUUUGACGAAGGAGCUGGUUAUACAGGCGUCAAACAGAUCAACAUAUCUCGAAACGUUGGUAUUGUAUACAUAAGAGUCCUCUAUGAUCGAAAAGGUGAAUCUGUUUGGGGCACCAAACAUGGUGGAACUGGAGGUUUUAAAUUUGACAAGGUAAUAUUGGACUAUCCAAACGAAAUAUUGACCCACAUUUCGGGUUCAUAUGGGCCGGCAAUGAUAAUGGGCCCUCAGGUGAUCAAGUCCUUGACUUUCCACACCACAAAAGGGAAGCACGGCCCAUAUGGAGAAGAACAAGCAGGAGGAGGAGGGUGUUUUACCUCCAAAGUAAGGGAAGGCAGAAUUGUUGGGUUCCAUGGGAGAAGAGGACUGUUCUUAGAUGCUAUUGGGGUUCACAUUUUAGAAGGGAAAAUAGUGGCAGCAGCACCAGCAGCAGUAGAUCAUACCUCAAAUCUUAUUAAUUCCAAAGCAAUUGUCCCAGUCCCACCACCAGUUGUUAAUAAUGUUAUAAAAAGCCAUAAUAAUGAUGAUGACCCUUUUCAUAAUAAUAAAUCAGGUAUAUCUGAGAUAGAUCAUCCUCAGUGGCGUAACAAAUUAGUUCUUGCAAAGCGUGGAACAACUGCUGAAGAGAUUGCAUGUGGAGUGAUGAAAGAACCAGCCCCAUGCGGAGCAGGACCAUGGGGUGGGGAUGGAGGCAGAGCAUGGGACGAUGGAGUCUUUUCUGGGAUUAAGCAGAUAUAUUUGACAAGGUCACCUGAAGCCAUUUGCUCUAUACAGAUUGAGUACGACCGAAAUGGUCAACCUGUUUGGUCUGUUAAACAUGGUGGAAAUGGAGGAAACACACCACAUCGGAUUAAGUUGGAGUAUCCAAAUGAGGUGUUGAUAUGCAUAUCGGGGUAUUAUGGUAGCAUGACCAAAGAUGAUGAAAAAGCCAAAGUAAUAAGAUCAUUAACCUUCAACACAAGUCGAGGGAAGUACGGUCCUUAUGGGGAGGAGAUAGGGACUUACUUCACAUCAACUACAACUGAAGGAAAAGUGGUGGGAUUCCAUGGAAGAAGCAGCAUUUACUUGGAUGCCAUUGGUAUUCAUAUGCAACACUGGCUUGGAAAUCAGAGAACCUCCAAGACUUCUCUCUUCAAAAUCUUCUAAUAAUACUAAUUAAUCUAUUAUUACUAUUUGUAAGCUAAUAAUUACAGGUAUAAUAAGUUGCUUUCAAAAAAAAAGGUCUAAUAUAAGUUUAUAUUGAUAUAUUAUUAUAAUAUAAUAAACGAAGAAAUAACAAGACCUUAUAAUAAGUUUUAGCUACGUACUUAUGUUUCUGGGUUAAAGCUUUAUAAAUUGUUUCAAUAUAUAUAUAUAGAGGUUGAUGA